GGAACAUAUCAGUGAUAUGUUUGACAACACUGUGGUCAUCAAACUUGAGAGAUCGUACUUGUCAUAUCCUAUAUACACCGACGGCGAUGGCUUUGCGACGAGUUUUGGGAAGAUCCUCAAAUUCCGCGCUGACAUCAGCAUUCUAGCGACAAAGACUCUAUUAAAGCUUGCUGAGAGAUAUUCCUAUGAUAUCGAUCUUCUUAAACCCAUUCUUCCUAAUUUCUUCCUUGGUGUUCACCUUCGCACCGAAUAUGACUCGCAGCAGGGUUGGCCGGUUGGCGACUGGGUAUACAGCCGAUAUGAGACGCAGUCAAGACUAUAUUUGGAGCAAGCAAAUUCCUCGAGCACAUCUCAUAUCUAUGUGGCAUCUGGGGACCAAGAAGAAGUCGCGAAGUUUAAAGUUGAUGCGGCAGCAUCUAAUAUCACAGUCACGACGAAGUUUGAUUUACUGGACGAAACGGACAAAGCGACGCUAAAGAUGUUGUCUUGGGAUCAGCAGGGCAUGGUGGAUUUUCAAGUCAUGACAAAAGCAUCGGCUUUUGGAGGCAUUGGGCACUCGAGUUUUGCGUGGAAUAUCGCUUUACUUAGGCAUAAGUAUGCCGAGAGGAAGGACCACUUGAGCGGGCCCCAGCUAUUAAGUGAUGAGCUGAGCCAGAUCUAUGGGAAACCUUACCAAUACCCAGAGUACGCGAGAUGUUUAUGGCCUUAAAAUGUUGGGAAUCUAUAGAAAUCAAGGGUCUUGGACGAACUGUGCUACGGAAUUUAAACCCAGUAAGCCCAACACGAAGUUGUUAUGGAUUCAUCAGUCUUCCGAUGUGCGUGUCACUUGGAUACAGGCAGCGUAUAGAGAAUAUGGUAUAUAUAAUAUUGCAGUAUUUCAUUCAGAUCCAGCCGCCUACAGUCUGGGUUAUUUCAUGAAAUGAGGACUUGGCGAUUAGUUAUAUAGACUAGUAGAUAAUGCAAUAAUUUUCUUGCCUGAUUAGAUUGUUACUGGUUGAGGGCGCCGCUGUGCACCUGCAACCUUUGGAGCUAGAUGCAGUAGUUUCCUGAGGUAGUAAAUAUAUUACCCGUACUGAGAGAAGCUCAGUUGGUGAUUAUAAGCUGGUUUAAAUACAUGGAGCCGAUGGGGCUGAUGUGUUGGCAGGCACGCAGGCUUCCUUUCAAAACAGAGAAGCCGAAUGCUGUUGAGCAUGUAGGCUUCCAUUCAAACAGAGAAG